CCCGGAACUGCUGUGGGGACACAGGCCCCAUCGAUUCAACACAACUGCAUACAUAAGCACUUACUAAUAAUAAAGCCCUGUUUGUAUGUCACUUUCAUGGAGCUCUACCGCUAACACCUAUGGAGUGUCAAGAGGAAAAGCCGAUCAUCUAUACCAUGGAAAACAAGCCGAUUGUAACAUGUGCUGGAGAUCAGGCCCUGUUCACGUCCCUCUACACCUCGCUGGCUCAGCAGCUCCCCCGGGAGCCCAUGGAGUGGAGGAGGACGUACGGCCGCGCACCCAAGAUGAUCCACCUGGAGGCCAACUUCGUCCAGUUUAAAGAGGAGCUCCUCCCCAAGGAGGGCAACAAGGCGCUGCUCACCUUCCCCUUCCUGCACAUCUACUGGACCGACUGCUGCGACACGGAGUCGUACAAGAGCUCGGUGAAGGAGGACAUGACGCGCUGGCAGAACAGCCUGCGGACGCACAGCUCGCCCGACUGGGUCAUCAUCGUGGUGGAGACCAACGACACCAAGAAGAAGAACAAGCCCAACAUCCUGCCGCGCUCGUCCAUCGUGGACAAGAUCCGCAGCGAUUUCUGCAACAAGCAGAACGACAGGUGUGUGGUCCUGUCGGACCCCCUGAAGGACUCGUCCCGGUCGCAGGAGUCCUGGAAUUCGUUGCUGCUGAAGCUGCGGACGCUGCUGCUGAUGUCCUUCACCAAGAACCUGGGCCGCUUCGAGGACGACAUGCGGACGCUGCGCGAGAAGCGCACCCAGCCGGGAUGGAGCUUCUGCGAGUACUUCAUGGUCCAGGAGGAGCUGGCCUUCGUGUUCGAGAUGCUGCAGCAGUUCGAGGACGCCCUGGUCCAGUACGACGAGCUGGACGCCCUUUUCACGCAGUACGUCCUGAACUUCGGGGCCGGAGACACGGCGAACUGGCUGGGCUCGUUCUGCGCGGCGGUGCGGAGCUGGAGCGGCCUGCUGCUGCGGAGGCCCAUCGACAUGGAGAAGAGGGACGGCAUCCAGCGCGGCGAGGCCAGCCUGCUGGACCUGCGGAGCUACCUGUUCUCCCGCCAGUGCACCCUGCUCAUCUUCCUGCAGCGGCCCUGGGAGGUGACCCAGCGGGCGCUGGAGCUGCUGCACAACUGCGUCCAGGAGCUGCGCCUGCUGGAGGUGUCGGUGGUGGAGGGGGCGCUGGACUGCUGGGUGUUCCUCAGCUGCCUGGAGGUUCUGCACCGGAUCGAAGGCUGCUGCGACCAGGCCCAGCUGGCCGCCAACUGCUCCCACACCGUCGGCCUCUGGGCGUACGCCACCGACAAGCUGAAGUCUCUGGGGGAGCUGUGUGGCCUGGUGUCGGAGAGCGGACCCACGUCUGAGGACCUGAACCGGACGGUGGACCUGCUGGCCGGCCUGGGAGACGAGAGGCCCGAGACGGUCAACAGUCUGCAGAGCCCGUACAAGAAGCUGAAGGAGGCCUUGUCGUCGGUGGAGGCCUUCGAGCGCCACUACCUGGAACUGUCCCACGCCGCCAUGGAGAUGUACCGAGCCAUCGGCCGGCUGCGGUCUGCUCGCCUGGUGGGGAAGAGCCUGGCUGAGUUCUACAUGAGGAAGGGGGACCCUGAGCGGGCCGAGAAGUUCCUGCAGGAGGCCCUGAAGUCCUACGUGUCGGAGGGCUGGAGCCUCCCCGUCACCCACACCCGGAGGCAGAUCGCCGAGUGCCAGAAGCUGCUGGGCAGGACGGAGGAAUACCUGCAGACCAGCGCCCUGCUGGCCGGAGACGGAAACCUGAGCACGGAGGAGAGGAAGCACUUCUGCCAGGAGAUCCUCAGCUUCUCCGCCAGGUCCGGAGAACAGUCUCCUAAAGUCACCCUCAGCAUGAGCGUCUUCACUCAGCUGACGCGGCUGCAGUUCCGCCCGGCGACGGCGUCGGUGCACUCCGGCGCCGUCCUGCAGGUGGAGCUCACGCUGCGCUGCCUGAUGCCCGUGGCGGUGCGCAUCCAGCAGCUGGUGGCCAGCGUCCACUUCGACGUGGACCAGGGGGGGACUCUGGGGAGGCCCAAGGGGGCCAAGAGACCGGCCAAGCCCGGGACCAUUGAGUUCAGGCCCGGCGGCUCCUCGGCGGGGCCGCACGGCUCCGCCCACUCCGCCGCCUCCUCGCUCGCCUGCCCCGUGUUGGAGCUGGACGAGAUCCAGGACCGGAGUCCCACGGACAAUUCCCUCAACUCCACGGGCGUGGUGUGUAAGAACACUCACCUGCUGAUGCGUCGGCACGACAGCGGCUCGCCGCCGCCGGACACGACCAACUGCGUGAGCCCGCCGGCCGUGGCCAUGAAGGAGGGGGCGCAGGUGCUGAGGGUGCAGGACGUCACGCUGGAGCCCGGGAACAACAGCAUCACCUUCACAGCCCCGAGCGCCCAGCCCGGGACCUACACCCUGCGCCAGCUGUGCGCCACGGUGGGCCAGGUGCAGUUCGUCCUGCCGCACAUCUACCCGUCGGUCCGCUACGACGUGUAUUCCCAGGAGCCGCAGCUCACCGUGGAGCCGCUGUCAGAGCCGCUGCUGGCCGGCCUCCCUCAGACGGUGAAGUUCACGCUGCUGACGGGUCACUACUCGGUGAAGAAGGGCGACGCCCUGCAGCUCAGUAACAGCGACUCCAUGCCGCUGCUGCCCUCCAGCUGCUGCACCGCCCACAUCCGGAGCCCCGCCCACGACCCGGUCGGGGAGAGCGUCCUGUCCAUCCAGUCGUCGGAGAAGGUGACCAGCAUCAGCCUGCCGGCCACGCCCCCCUACCACACGCUGGAGUUCCAGCUGGAGGUUCUGUGCGUCAUCCCGUCUGGCGCCGAGCGGCCCGCCAGCGAGAGGCUGACCAAUGGCGAGGUCCGGCACCGCCCGCGCAGCUACAGCCAUCCCGACACGCCCAUGACCGCCAUCGACCAGCGGAUGUCCAUCGACUGUCCCUGGUCCAUCUACUCCACGCUGCUCGCCCUCACCUUCUACAUCCCCUUCAAGACCAGACACACUCUGCUGUCUGCGGGGAACAGGAAGUACAUCCAGGUGUGUGUGCAGAACGUGUCGGACGUGAACUUCACGCUGUCGGAGGUGAAGCUGACGGAGAAGCAGCAGGAGACGACUCUGGAGCUGCAGUCACUCAACACUAAAAACCACCAGCUGCUGUGCAGUAAACACAGCGUCUUCUGCCUGUGGGAGGUGAGGUGGAAGGACGACCUGCCCUCCUGCCUCCAGUGUGUUUUCUCGGCUAGCUUCUCCCCGAGCGAGCGGAACGUCUCGGGUUCUAAAGCCUUCCACUACCAGUUCCAGCUGGAGAGAGUCACUACGCUGUACAGUGUCCGGGCGGACAUCUUGCCUCCCGCCGGCGAGCAGCACUGCCGCUCCGGCUUCCUGUGCGGUCUGGAGGUGUGUAUCACCCGGCUGAGCGAGCCGGUGGACGGCGAGCUGGCAGAGGACAGCAAGACGGACGCCGACGGCCUGAGAACCACCAAACUCAUGUAUGAAGUGGCCGACAGCAGCAGUAACUGGGCGGUGUGCGGGAAGAGCUCGGGGAUGGUGUCCAUGCCGCUGACGGCCAACGCCACCCACCGGCUGCAGAUCGAGGUCAUGCCGCUGUUCGCCGGCCACCUGCCCUUCCCCAAGAUCAAGGUGCUCAAGUACCUGCCGCACACGGCGGCCGUGGCCAUCCAGCCCGACCCCGACAGCUGCGUGGAGAACGACAGCCUGUCCCUGCUGGACAAGACGCUGGACGAGCAGGCGGACACGGCGAGCAUCCGCAGCCGCGGCAGCGUGCACUCGGUGGGCAGCGGCGAGCAGCAGCAGAGGGGCGUGGCCAUGCCGCGGCUGGAGCCCUUCAGCCCCGGACAGGUCUUCAACCACAGCCACGCCCGCCAGGUGCUGGUGCUGCCCGCCGCCGACGACCACAUCAUGGAGGUCAACGCCACAUGACCCCGGCGUCCGGACGGCACCGCGCCCUUCCUGUCAGACUGACCCCGCCCCCCGCCCCGCCUCGCCCCGCCCCAAACACACCUGGACGGACUCCGCCACUGCGGGGCGGGGCGGGACCGUGAGUCCAUGUCUGAGACCGCCGCAGGUCGCCGGGAUGGACUCACCCCCCAAAGCAUGUAACGUCACAUCACUGGAGGGGGGGAGGGGCCAAAGAGACCACACCCUCCUGCGGUUUCCUCUUCCUUCCUGCCAUACUGUACAAAGCUCAUCGGAUGGAUUUAUAGUUCUAAAUAUAAAUACAGCAGCGGACUGAUCCGUCACGCCGGCGCCGUUUCCAGCUGAAGGAAAACAGUCCGGAUGGUUCCACCACGCACCAAAGCCCCGGUCCGCUUCUCCAGUACUGUACCUGGACUGUGUGUGUGUGUCUCUGUGUGUGUGUCUCUGUGUGUGCGUGUGUGCGUGUGUGCGUGUGUGCGUGUGUGCGUGUGUGCGUGUGUGUGUGUGUCGCCCUGAGCCUCUCAGCUGGUCGACCUCCGUGAGGAACUCCCUCUGUCCUGCUGGCUCUUAAACACACCUCCCAGAGUGUGUGUGUGUGUUGUAGGCAGGGCCGCCGUGACACGUUUCCAUCAGUGCAGUCAACGUUUUCUCUCAUUUCCAGAAAAUCCAACGUUUCAGAUUAUCUUGGUAUUUCUUCAGUACUGUGAGUCUCCUGCAGGGGGAGCCGGAGAGCAGCCAGCGUUUUAACUCUUCACACAGCAAACAGUGAGGAAGAGGCAGAGGCUGAAGUCACUGAAGCAUCACACAUCCAGAUGUUGUGAAGAUGGGAAGGAAACCACUGAAAUAGAUAAAAUAAGGUUCAGCAGAAAACCAGGAAGCCAAAUGUUUCACUGAGAGUCCUGAACCAACAGGAGGGAGAGUUUAGUUUUUAAAUCCUCUUUUGAAUAUGAUUCUGCAGCAUUUUGUCAAAUUUGGCCUCUUUGAUAAAUUAAAGUUGGGAAAACACCUGAACCAGCCACGACUCCAGAGGCUGUGUGCGUGCGUGCGUGCGUGCGUGCGUGCGUGCGUGCCUGCGUGCGUGUGUGCGUGCGUGUGUGUGUUUUGAGGUGAAACUUUUCCAAAAGGAUCGACCAGUGCACAUCAUUGUCUGUCUGGAUUGUUCAUGUUCUGCAUAUUUAUUGUAUGUGUGUGUUGUGUGUGUGUGUGUGUGUGUGUGUGUGUGUGUGUGUGUGUGUGUGUGUGUGUGUGUGUGUGUGUGUGUGUGUGUGUGUGUGUGUGUGUGUGUGUGUGUGUGUGUGUAUCCAUGUCCGAGCUAUGCACACCCCCCUGCUGGAUGGGUCCGUCCCGCCCCGCCCCCUGCUGUGACCACUGUACAUACGGAUCUGUAAAUAUGAUUCAGAUGAAAAUCAUCUUUGAUUGAAGCUAUAUUAAAAAAAAAUCAU